UAAUUACUAAAAGGCUACACAUCUUAGCACGGUGAUUUCUGAUGAUGUAAAAGACUGCCUUGUGAUCAAAAUAAUUAUUAUUACUGUAGCACAAUGUAUUGUCUCAAUAUUUCAAAUCCAAAUAUUUUAAAUUAAUCAAACUAAAUUGCUUUUCCUUCAAUUAAAUUCCGGCCAUGGGUAGAAAUGGAGAAGGCAUUACUGGCCCUUCGUUUGAAAUGAUUUUGUUGGGGGUUGGUGCAACAGAUAGUUUAUAGAAUAGUGCAAACGUUUGUCACUACAUAAACAUGUUGCUUGUUACAGGUACAAUUAAGAAUACAGUAAAACAGUAAGCUGCACAUAUGUAGUUUAAUUCUGUUAUACACUAUUUCUUAAGUGAACAUUCACACUAACUUAACUUUAUUCUCACACAAGCUGGGUCUGUUGUCCGGAAGUGUAAUAAAAGCGGAUUACUGUACGCGACAUGCUGAGAGAUACCUAUAAUCAUUUCAGUACUUUAAAUUAAAAAGAAAAACACAUUAAAGCAUUAAAUGUUAAAGUACAAGUAAAAAAAAUAAAAUUAGGCGGAUUUAAAUGUGAAGUUUAAAUAAUGUACAACAAAAUAUAUUAAACUUUACCAACAAGUACGACUAUACCGUUAGAAAAAUCGUUAUUUAUUUGGAUACAUGUUGUUUAUAAGUCAUGUCAUUUCUCGAUGAACAAAAGGAGUGUGAAGAUACAAACAAAGAUCUUUCAGAACAGUUCAGACAUCAUGUGUCUGAACGAGUGAAAUUGUAUGAGGCUAGCAUGAAAGGAUCAGGAUCAGGAUCGCCAGUUAAAAUAAGCAUUAAGAAAAACAACAACAUACGCCAUGUGGUGCCAGUAGGUGUAUUGAUUGUGUUUUUUACAUUGUAUUUAACAGCAACAGCUAUUCAAUUCAAAUAUGUGAACUAUGUUCAUCCAGAAGAUAAGAGGAAUAGCGAUUUCGACAAUACUUCAGAAGACCAAGAAAUGCAAGCACAGGAAACAACUAAACGAAUAAAAAUACUUGAAAAGCUAUUGGAAUACAAAGACCUGUGCACUGAGUUAGAAGUUUUUACAAAGGAUUUGCGUUGGGUAAACGAGAUUAUGGGAAAAGAAAACCAAUUAAAGGAAAUUGAUACUGAAUGUGAAGAAAUAACUGAAGAAUCAGUAAUUAUGAGCUUUGGAGUUGAGAAUGGUGAAAACUACGACCAGAAAGAAUCAAAACAUAAAGAAAAGCCCACAGAAAUAAUUGAUUCCCAAAGUACUAACAGAGAUAAAAGCAAUAUUGCGCCACAAAAUGAAAAAAGGCGAUCUAAUAAGGCACUUGCAAUGAAGAAAAAUCAAAUUGAUAGCGAAAAUGCUAAGAACAACAACAGCACGGCUAGCAACAAUAAUAAUAAAAAGGAUCAAUCAACAGCAAAAAAAUCAAACACUGCAGAACCCAUUAUCUAUAUGUUUGCAUUGGUGUUUAUAUAUUUGCUGCUAAAAGCCGCUUCAGACAUAAAUCAGCAUUACAAAUCGCAAAACAAAGGUGACAAAAGGUUACGACGUUGCUCCUUGCAAUCUUACGCUCAGACUCAUAAACAAGACCGUCGAGCUUCAAAAGACUCUUCGAGUAGAAAAUCAAAAAACGAAUCACUGUUGGAAAUGCGAUCGCAAUCUGUAGAUCGCUUCAACGACACUGCAAUGAAAAAAUCUGAAAUACUUUCCAAUCUACGGAAAUUCACAUCUUUCGACGAACAUGAUCGCUUAGCAAAUAUACAACGCAGAGUCCAUGGUCUAACACUGCAGCCAUCGAGGGAAUCACAGAAUUGUGGUGAAAGUUCUUCGAAUCCUUUGGAAAGUACUAUGCCAAAAAUCUCUGGCCGACGAUGCUCGGUGCCAGUUUCAUUAAGUUUCCAACGUCACAACGUAAAAGCCGUCGCUUUGCCAAUUUCGAAUUUGGCUCGUCGUACCUCUUUAUCCGGCGCACAUAUUGGCCUAGAAACAAAUUUAAUUGACCAUGGACAAGAUACGCCAUUUCAUGAAGUUAAACGACGUGUUCGCAUGAUAAAUCGACAUUAAAAACCAAAACGAUUUAAUAUGAAAAUGGAUAAAUGAAAUGUCAAUACUCUUAAAAUUGUUGGUAUUGUACGAUUUUGUGAUUAAUUUGUUGGCAAAGCACAAGUACAGUACCACCAAAUUUCGACAGCGUCUGCAGUAUUUAAUGUUGAACCACAAAAUAAAAUUUUUCUUCUUUACAAUUAUAAUAUAAAAGAUUUGUUUAUUAUGUAAAAACUUUUAAAAAUUAUUACAAAUAUUCUAAGUAUGUACAUGAUUUUUUUGGUGUUAUAAAAAAAUAAUGUUUCGAUUUCCGAUAAAUGCCAAAGGUAUAUUUCAAAAUUAGUGUGACAUUCGUCCUUUAUAUUGUAUACUUAAAUAAGUAUGUAUUAUAUAUAUAUUCUCGGAAGUUCAUAUUUACAUCCAUCUUAGUUUUAAAUUUAAAAAAAAAAAACUAUUAAAUACUAUAUAUUAAUUUAAUAAAAAUAAAAUAUAAAAGAACAUAUGUAUUGUGCUGAUAUGUUAACAAUUAAGAAUUAUUUAAUUUACGAACUAUAUAUACUCGUAUAUGUAUCUUAUAAUGUAGAAUCGCAAUAAGUACAACUUAAGCUAAGGCAAGACCAAUUACAGCAACAAAUUAUCAAGGUUUUCAUAUUAAAACCAAAAUAUUUGUAGUUUUUUUAAUGUUAAUGCUACUUAAAUUCAUUUAAUAAAAGGCACUAAGCGACAAAUUAAAUUAGAUUAAUUAGAAGUGCUAAUAUUAAGAUUUAUGUUAUUUUGACGUUUGAUUCAAAACCAAAUAUUUUAAAUCGCUUUUAGAAGAAAAUUGCUAUUUGCUAAAGUUAUUCAAGUCUUUCAUUUUAACAGUAAUGUUCGUAUGUUUAGGGCAUACAUAUAAAGAUAUAUGUAAUGAAAUAUGAUUUCAUUAUUCGUACUCGAACAAUAUUCAUCAUCGUAACAUAUUAAAUACAAAAUAAAUAAAUAACUUCUUCGAUAAA